GCCGGGUCCUUGCUGGGCUCCGGUCCCCCGGGCUGCCGCCCACUCCGGGCUGCAGCAAUGGAUCUCAGCGCUAAUUUUCUCCGGGAGAAGCUGCAGCGGGAGCUGGAAGCGGAGCACGUGGAGGUGGAGGACACGACUCUGAACCGUUGCGCGUCCAGCUUCCGAGUCCUGGUGGUGUCCUCCAAGUUCGAGGGGAAGCUGUUGCUCCAGAGACACCGGCUGGUGAACUCAUUCCUAGCAGAAGAGCUCCCGCACAUCCAUGCCUUUGAACAGAAGACUCUGACCCCGGAGCAGUGGAACCGUGAGAGGCAGAAAUGA